AUGUGGAGAACUGAUGUGAAAAUGCUCAAUGAUGGACGAAAGCCUGCUUCAUAUAAUAUGCCUCCUAGAUUAGCAUUGAGACUGAUAGUUAUUAUCUUAAUUGUCGUGGCUGUUCACUAUUUUCUUCCGUAUGAGUUUAUUCGUGAUAGCUGUUACUGCGUCGAUGUCCAGGGCAGAAGCCACGAUUUUUGCUAUAGAUCAAAGGUCAAUUCUUCUGCUGUAGGAAAAAAGUUCUCCUGCAGUUAUUUGGACAAAUUAGAAGAACUUGGCUUGCUAAACAACUCCCCAACCGAAAAUGUUUCAUAUAAUUCGGAGCCAGUUUUUGUCACAGCAUUUUCACAAUCACAUUUUAUGGAAGGCAAACGACUUAUCGCCAGUAUUCGAGCCUUCUACAAACAAGUCAAAGUUGUUGUGUAUGAUAUAGGAUUAACGAGGAAGAAAGCUGCGCAAGUGAAGCGAUGGUGUAACGUAGAGUAUCGUCCAUUCCCAUUUGAACAUUACCCUCGCUGCUUCUUGCUGUUACAUACAUUCCGAUGGAAGCCGAUUGUGAUCGCGGAUGCUCUUAAGGAUAACCCAGCUGUAUGGUAUAUGGACACAUCCGUCAUACUAAUGAAGAAGGAUCUGCGACAUAUAUAUGCUUUGUUGAAAUGUAGACAAAGAUCUCGGGCAGGGGUGCUGAUGCCAUCGUCACUGCUUCGAGAUUUACGAGAAUUCCACUCUGCUAGUAAUCACUCCUGGGACACGGUCCAAUGGACAGCUAAUUUGGAAGAAUGCAAGAAGUCGCCGUAUUUAUUACACAGCUUCAGUGGCCAUGGUAUCUAUGCUGCUACUGACCCUUCUCUAUAUACUUAUUUUCCCGUAUCCCUGGAGGAGCUUCGCAAGCCGAAGGCAAAGAUGUUCGAGGCUGGACUUGUGUACGCCGUCAGAUUGAAGGAAACGAUAGAGUUGAUGAAAUGGAGCGUACUUUGUGCACUAGAAGAACAUUGUAUGGGAACUACGAUCGUUCCUAACAUUUGCGAGUUCAAUAGAAGUGAUUUAUACUCAUCAUUUGCUCAUUGCCACAGGUAUGAUCAAUCAGUUAUUAACGUUCUGUUAGCCGAUGCUUACUACUACGAUCGACACUACUAUACGAGUGAAAUCAAUGAUUUCUUUCGAAUACAGCGUUUUAUAUCUAGACCGGUGAAAAAUCGUGAACUCAAAUGUACAUAAGAAAUAAUAGUUCGAAUGCCCUUUUGACUGUAUGCGGGUCAUUAUGCCAACUCAAACAUUCUGGUC